AGAUGUGUGAUGAAACAGCGAUGUUGGCUCACCUCACUUGCAAUGAUAUAUCCCGGGGUGCUUUAUCUACAGUACGUGGCCACCGUUGGACCUAACGUUGAAGAGGGGCAGGGGAUUUUGAAAUGCCGCGGCCGCGGCCACUAAACCCAGCCUCGCUUGGCAGCUUUGUUUCCAACACUCGGCAGCUUUGUUUCCAACACUCGGCAGCUUUGUUUCCAACACUCGGCAGCUUUGUUUCCAACACUCGGCAGCUUUGUUUCCAACACUCGGCAGCAACGGGAAUUUUCAGGUCUCAGCCUCUGUCUGUUCAUAUGUAUGUACUGUACUCAGCCACACCGACACAACCUAAGGAUUUCUGCCGAUUCGAUCGUACCAUGCAACCAGAUUGCCGGCGGGCCACCCAGACUUCUGGAGAAGCUAAUAUUUUUUUAGCAAAGGACCUGAGCUUCCGAGACGAUAAUUGGAUGCGGGUGCUUGAUACGGAUAUUUCCAGUUGUUCUCCAGUUUCCACAAACUGUAGCGCAUGCCCUCCAGACCCCUCAAUGGGCCGGACCGAAUUUUUUUAUCUGGCUCUGUGAGCCCACAGCAUCCUGCCGCUACGUUGCGUUGCUUUCGUGGCACUCUCCCCCCUCCCCGGGCGUCCAGCCCCGAUCUGGCGAUCGCUCAAGGGGGUCAUGCGGGCUGGGGGCUGAGCCGAGUCUGAGCAUGGCUUGAUUGGCUCGUCAUGGUUGCUGAUGGAAGCCACGCAAGGCUUCCUCUGCACUGUACGUUACUGUACAGUACGCUCCAAGCUUCGGCCCUCACCAUUAUUCCUCUCUUGUGCCAAGGUUGCCGGUGCGGCGUGCAGCAUCAGCCCGCGGCCAA